AUGAAAUGAAAUUGAUUGAAAUGUUGAUUAUUCCAAGGAAAUUUAAAUUUUGGUUUGGUGCUUUUUCUUGUUUUAUUAUUUGUACUUUAUCUUUAGACGAAGGAAUUUUCUUCCAGAUCUCAGAACCGGAAAACCUUGCCUAUCUUUAUCAGAUAAAUCCAUCCUAUCAUAUUGGACAAAAAUUUCCUGAUUAUCCAUUGAGAGAUGCAAGUAUGACAUAUUCUGAUCCACCAGAAGGAUGUGAAGAACUUAGCUCAAAUUAUGGAGAAGUUAUUCUUUUAGAGAGAGGUGGCUGCCCUUUUAUUGAUAAAGUUUUAAAUGCCCAAAAAGCUGGCGCCAAAAUUGCAAUAAUUACUGAUUCUGAGGUUGGAAGUGAUGAUUUUAUUGAUAUGGUUGGUUAUUUUAUAUUUUUAAAUUUUCUUUAUUUUUUAUUGGGCAUUUUUUCGACAUUUUUAUUUGACAGUAUUGACAGACAUUAUAGUUAUUUAAUAUUAUUUUUAAUUUGGCGAUGCUGGGGUUUAAGCAUCAAUCCAGUAAUAAAAUUCUCGGCACUUGUAAGGAAUAGGGUGCCCGGUGCUUUUUCGGUUAGUGAUGAUACAAAUAGAAAGGCAAAUAUUUCAUGUGCUUGGUUGCCUGGAAAUUCAGGAAGGCGUAUUAGGCAAUAUUUAUUGUAUACAAAUCCUUCUAUAAAUAUUGAUAUUCCUUUAAAUUACACAAACAAACCAUUGAGGGACACGUAUUCAUCGAAACCGCAUUGGUAUAAUUUUUAGAUUAAAAUUUUUUAAUGGGAAGAGGAGAGGGGGGGGGGGGAAACGGGCAUUAGAGGUAGGAUAGACUUGUUUAGACACGUUGAAAAGUACCGUUAUUUUUAAGUCCCGUAAUAGGCCUAUAACUACGAAAUUUUCAAGACAAUUCUGAUAGAGAUUCCUUUAGGAUUUCGGUUUCCACACAGAAAAUAUUGAGGAAUUUUCGAUAAUUCUAGUUUUAAUUUUUUUGAAGGGGGAGGGGUGGUACUAGGUCGAAAAAUAAUUAAAUGACUUGAAGGAUUUUUUAAAAUUUAUUAAUUUUUAGGGAAUUGUGGUGAUUACUUUUUUUGUCGAAAAAUGAGGAGAUUCUCUUUUUUAGAAUUCGUCUUUAGAAAAGUGCAACAAAUUUUACAUUAUUUUUUUGUGCCUUUUUCUUUUUUUUUGUUCAUGCCUUCUUUAAAUUCUACUGAUCAAAAA